UAAUUCAAUUGCAGAGGUUUUGAAUUGCAGGCUGUGUGUGUGUGUAUGUGACUCAGAGGCAGCAUGGCAAAACAGACAAGAACCCAAAUCCACCGAAGUUCCGUUUUUGUUUUUUGUUUUAAUUCCAGUUUUCUAAGGAAUUCCUCCUUCCCAGGCUGUUCCCUGCGGCAGGCAAACGUGGGGAAUUCCAAAAAAAAAAAAAAAAAGAAUAGAAUAGAAUAGAAUAGAAUAGAAUAGAAUUUUUUUAUUGGCCAAGUGUGAUUGGACACAUAAGGAAUUUGUCUUGGUGCAUAUGCUCUCAGUGUACAUAAAAGAAAAGAUACCUUCGUCAAGGUACAACAUUUACAACACAAUUGAUGGUCAAUAUAUCAAUAUAAAUCAUAAGGAUUGCCAGCAACAAAGUUACAGUCAUACAAUCAUAAGUGGAAAGAGAUUGGUGAUGGAAACUAUGAGAAGAUUAAUAGUAGUGCAGAUUCAGUAAAUAGUUUGACAGUGUUGAGGGAAUUAUUUGUUUAGCAGAGUGAUGGCCUUCGGGAAAAAACUGUUCUUGUGUCUAGUUGUUCUGGUGUGCAGUGCUCUAUAGCGUCGUUUUGAGGGUAGGAGUUGAAACAGUUUAUGUCCAGGAUGCGAGGGGUCUGCAAAUAUUUUCACGGCCCUCUUCUUGAUUCGUGCAGUAUACAGGUCCUCAAUGGAAGGCAAGUUGGUAGCAAUUAUUUUUUCUGCAGUUCUAAUUAUCCUCUGAAGUCUGUGUUUUUCUUGUUGGGUUGCAGAACCGAACCAGACAGUUAUAGAGGUGCAAAUGACAGACUCAAUAAUUCCUCUGUAGAAAGGCAUUGCCUUUCACGUUUUAUGGCGAGUCCUCGAUUUAACGGCCACGGUGGGGGCCCAGCCUUUCCGUUGCUAAGCAAGACAUCGGUGGAGACACAGAAGAUACCUGAGCAAGGUCCUUCAUCCUUCCGUGGGGGUAUGUUCACCGCAAGGUUGAGGUGCGUCCGACGUCUCCCCAUCGCUUCCUCCGUCUUGAUGCUGCUGCUCGCUGUCUUCUGGGUGACCGGCGUGGGAGAACAUUUGGUCUUAUCCCCCAGCUUGCUAAGUAGCCCUUUGCAAGCCUUCCGCCUGGUGACGUACUGCCUGGGCCAUGCCAACGGCCCCCUCCUGGCCGCCAGCUUGCUCUUCUUCCCACUGCUAAGCUGGCACCUGGAGCUGCAGCAAGGGGCCCUUGGCUAUCUCCGGACCAACACGGUCUCUGCUGCCGUCUCAGCCCUGCUCUACGUGUUCCUGGCUGGACUCUGGGGCGUUGAACCCCAGGCCACCGUCAGCGGCUACAUCCCUGUCCACCUGGCUCUGCUGGGCUGCCACGGAAAGCGUUCGGGGUGGCUGUCUGUGGCUCUGCUGGCCGGAUUACUGUUCGGCCUCGGGGAGAUCCUGUCCCCGCGUUCUCCCUUCCUCCUGAACGUCUCCGGGUUGCUCACGGGACUACUAGCCUACGGUGCUGGUCGCUCGUCGAAGAGGCGCCUGGCAAGGCUGCGAAAGAAGAUUUCUGACUGGAGCCACCUCAGAAGAGUUUUUGCUCACUCCAUCAGGCCCUUCGCCUCCGGCACCCUCUCAACUCCGGACAUACAAGAAAGAAUUCCUGCACAGGAGACGUUUCCACCCGACCUGGCCGGGAUGAUUGCCAUCCAAAUUCCGCCCCCUCCUCCAUCUUGGACCGACGAAAGGAUAACCCAGGAGUCCCAGCUGCCGUUUCCUCCUACGUCCCAGCACCCGUUCUCAGAUCCCCACCAGGCUUUGGGCUCCCCUUACUUCCCUCUCCCAAAUUUCCCGACGGAGGAAGAGCUGAUACAAGCGGGAAUCCUGGCCUCUCUGCAAGACCAAAAGGAAGAAGAAGUGAAGCUGCUCAAAUCUUCCGUCUCUUCCCUCCGGCUCCAGCAGCUGCAGAAGAUGGGCUUCUCAACGGAAGAGGCCGUGAUCGCCCUGGCAGCCACCGGCCACGUGGAAGGAGCCGUCUCUCUACUGAUCGGAGGCCACGUGGGGGACCAAGCCGUGGUGACGGCCGAGACCCGCUCAGCGCCUCCUCCCACGCAACCUCGGUCAAUCCCCAACCCAUGAGACGGCAUGCGGGCAGAACGAGAGCGGCCACGAAGGCCACAAGAUAAGAGGGCCGCGUGGCAGAAUCGAACCUGGUUUUAGCAAGAAGACGAAAAGGCUGCAGAGACGGGCUUCAAACUCUCCGGGGAGAGACGCCACGGGUGAUGCUUUUUCCGGCCCAGAUUUGUCUGUUUGCAAUUUCCUUUUUUCCACUCUGGACGUGAAUAAAUGGAACAAAAUGGGGAAAAAAAACAACAACAACCCCACCCCGAAGUUGCAUGCAAAACUGCAGGAACCCUGACCAGGAGGCUCCGUGGCUAAGACACACUUAAGCUUGUCGAUCAGAAAGGUCGGCGGGUUCGAAUCCCUAGCACAGGUCUCCUGUGUCAGCAAGGGGUUGGACUAGAUGACCUCCAAGGUACCUUCCAAAUCUGUUACUGUCAUUCAAACCCAAUGCAGUUUUUGCCCAGCAUCUCUCCCCCACCCCCCCGGCCCCCACUUCUAGAGCAGCGGCUCCCAACUCUACACUUCUUAAACCAGGGACCAGUUUCAAAACUGGAAGGUAAGAAAUGAACCCACAGGGAUCCCAAGGGGAAGAAUUCAGGAAAACACGUUUUCCUCAUUUUAGGCGCGCCAGGAUACCGUUCGUUGUUUUUUUUAAAGACGCAGACCGGGCAGAUGGAGGCACACAGAGGCACAAAGGCUGUUCUUUAAACAGAAGAAAAUAUAUAUAUUUCCACCCCCCCCCUCCUCUUCGAAAUUGUUGACCGAUGCUGCGAAGGAGAAGCCAGCAACCCUCACCUUCGCCACCGUCCCUCCCCAACGAAUCUUCCCCCCACACCGCACCCAAAAAAAAAACCAAACCCAAUAAAGGAAGAAAUAUACAAAUUUCAAAAAGUUGGGAUCAUCAAUAAAGACUCCCGUCUUAAUCCCA